AUGAUUGAGAGUAUUCAAGCAAAUUUUUCAAGAGACAGGGAUGCAAAUUUUACAAAUUCAGAUGAACUUUAUGCACUUCUGGGCUUUGUGUAUUUAGCUGGAAAGUACAAGGCAAGUCAUCUCAAUUUAGACGAUUUAUGGAAAGCUGACGGAUCUGGAAUAGAAAUAUUUCGAUAUCUAAAAGUAGAAACAAGUGAGCAAGGAUUUAGCUACUGCCAAGUUAAGAGUAAAAGAUCGUCAGACAAAUAUUGUCUGGAGAAAUUGUAUAGUGGAUGUUUACAGAACAUUGGGUAA